AUGCGCACCGUGGGUCAAAAUGAAGAGACUCAAGCGCGCAUUCGCGGUCUGAUCCGAAGUCAACACCGUCAUGAACAGCAAUGGUUCCAAGCUCGCGAGGCAUUAUUGAAGCAGCAACAGGGUCGCCCUGAGAAACAGAGGGAGCUAGACGCAGUACUGAGGGCAAUCGGUGCCCCCGUAAAAGAGGAGGUUGGCACGACCGAAAAGGAGUUAGCCGCAGAGAUCGCAACCUACGACGGAAAGGUUCAUAGGGCAGCCGUGCAAAUGGGAGAUGCUAUUAUUGCCGAAUUGCGCAGUCUGUGUAUUCCAUUCUUCACGCUUCGGAAGGACUUGAUUCAAGAUGCGCCACCCAUCAUAGAGGACUCACAGCUACGGAGCCAGACCGAGUUAACUGGAACCCCCUCAUCGCCAAUAUCCAAGUCUGAGCUUGUGAAGUUGCAGCAACGCAUGUUGGAAUUACUUGAGGACCUGUGUAAAUAG